UUCUCAACUUAUAUUUUGUCUACAAUCUCACUAAUUAUUGCUCUAAUUCAGUAAUUGUAUUUGGCUAUUGGAGUAUUAUUUUACACAAGUAGCAAAAAAGGAUGAUGAAUGAGAUGUAGAAAAAGACUUAUUAUUAUUAUUAUUAUUAUUAUUAUUAUUAUUAUUAUUAUUAUUGUUAUUAUUAUUAUUAUAUUUUUGGUAUUAAUGUAAUGUGCAUUUUCUCAUCAACCUAGCUUACCUCCCCUGUUUUAUAGUCUGCAUUUGUCUUUUAGAACAAUUGAAUUAUAUUCCUUAUGAUAGUACUGAAAAUCAAGAAAUAAUAAUGGCGGCACCUAAAGAAGAUAUCUUCGUGCCUUUUCCAGUGAAAGAGCAGCUUCCAUUCGUCGAUUUUUGUCUCACCAGCAACCCUCCUAUUCAUGAAUAUAUCAUACUUGGGUUUCAGCAUUUUGUAGUAAUGCUUGGGACUACAGUUAUGAUUGCAACUAUACUUGUUCCUCAAAUGGGAGGCGGACCGAUAGAAAAGGCUCAGGUGAUACAAACUUUGCUCCUAGUAUCAGGACUGAACACACUUGUGCAGACUCUAGUUGGGUGUAGGACUGCAGUAAUCAUUGGGGGUUCAUAUGCAUUUGUAAUCCCUGCUAUCCCCAUCAUUUUUGAUGAGCGCUUCAGUAUCAUCAUUGAUCCUCAUGUGAGGUUCGUGCACUCGAUGAGAGCACUUCAAGGGGCAUUGAUGUUUGGAUCAAUGUUGCCUGUUGUUGUUGGUUUUUUGGGAUUGUGGAGGAUCUUUAUGAGGAUCUUGAGUCCACUUGCUGCUAUUCCUCUUGUUGUUCUAACUGGACUUGGCUUAUUCCAACUAGGGUUUCCUCAGCUGGCUAAAUGCACAGCAAUUGGACUUCCAGCACUGGUUCUCUUGAUCUUUAUCUCCCAGUAUUUGGCUAGCUUAGUAAAGCCAUUUCAAGCCCAUGGUCGCCGUUAUGCAGCAGUUUUAACAAUUGGUUUUAUCUGGGCUUUUGCUGCAAUUCUAACUGCAGCUGGUGCUUUCAAAAAUAGCUCCCCUAAAACGCAGUUUUAUUGUCGCACUGACCGUUCCAAUCUCAUCAGUGCUGCUUCUUGGAUACGAUUUCCUUAUCCAUUCCAAUGGGGACGUCCAACUUUGAAUGUUGGAAAUGGUUUUGCAAUGAUGGCUGCUGCUUUAGUAUCUAUGAUUGAGUCUACUGGAACAUUUAUAGCAGCAGCAAGAUACAGCAGUGCUACACCAAUACCACCAUCAGUUGUAGGUCGCGGGAUUGCCUGGCUGGGGGCAGGACACUUUGUGAAUGGAGCAUUUGGUGCAAUUUGUGGCCCAAUUGCAUCAGUUGCGAAUGCGGGACUUCUAGGACUCAACCAAAUUGGCAGUCGUCGAGUUACUCAAGUAGCUGCUAUUUUCAUGCUUUUCUUUUCAAUUUUUGGAAAAUUCGGGGCACUCCUUGCUUCAAUACCUUUGCCAAUAUUUGCAGCUCUUUACUGUGUUCUUUUUGCUUAUGUUGUCUCGGCAGGGCUAGGAUUUCUACAGUUCUGCAAUAUGAACAGUUUCAGAACAAAGUUCAUACUAGGAUUCUCACUAUUCAUGGGCCUUUCCGUGCCACAAUAUUUCAAUGAAGUACUCUUGGUCACUGGACACACUCCUGUCCACACAAAGUCUGUUGCAUUCAACAGCAUAUUGCUAGUGAUCUUUACCUCUGCGGCGACAGUAGGACUCAUCAUAUCGUAUUUCUUGGACACAACUCUGUUGCGUAGCCAUGCUGCAACGCGGAGAGACAGUGGCAGACAUUGGUGGACUAAGUAUAGGUCAUAUGAUGCUGAUACUAGGAGUGAAGAGUUUUAUGCUCUUCCUUUUGGACUCAACAAAUACUUUCCGUCUGUUUAAUCACAUUAGUUUUUGUGUCACAUAUAAGAUCAACAAAACUAAGAUGAUUUUACUUUCAUUCAGUGUGUUACAUAAUCAAACUGAUAUGAUAUGCAUAUUAGUGAUGCAGAUUGCAGAUAAUAUAUAUGCUAAUACGAGUUAGUUAACAGAUAAAAUGUAUGAUUGUUGAGGUUGAUGAUACUAUAUGAUGUUUGUUAUAUUGAAAUUUUCUGAUUAAUCUUAGUGAAAAUGAAUCUUAUCAUUUC